AUGGCUGCCCCGCCGUUGGCUUCUUCGGAGGCCCAACAGAUUUACCAGCUGUCUGUUCCACUGCCUCGAACGGCGGACACCUCGCUCCACCUUCACUUAACCAUAGCAUCUCGUCAUAUUCUUCUCUUCCUCACAACCACAUCUGCAAACCCAUCGUUCGACCUCUCGCUACUAUCGAUACCCGGCGUGAAUAGUUCCUCUACAACGUCUACUACCGAAGAUGUCCUGAAUCCUAUGCGUGGAGGUGAUGCCGCUGUUCCUCGUGGUAAAGUGGGGGUUGGCAGUUUCGUCUAUGCUAUGCCUUCUUUGAGAAAUAACAAGGAAACAAUAUGUACGCCUUUAAUACCGGAUAUGGCAACGUUGGAGACGACGGAGCGAAUUGCAAGGAUCCUGGCGAGGCGGCUACAGGUGCCGGUUUACUUAGGGAACUCGAUGAACUUUGCCGCCAUGGGAGCUGGUGGAAGCGUUGAAGAAGAGAUGGGAGUUGUAAGGGACGUCGUGGAGACCGUGGUUGGCGUUUGGGGGAAGAAGGACGGGUCAUCGUGA